AUGUGGGGGGCACUCCCCACAGCGUGGUUCUGUACAAGCGUGGCAGGAAAUAUGCGAAGAUUCCAGACGAAGACGACGCACCCAAACGCGGGAAACCUUCAGCCGCGCACGACGCCAUCGAUCAUUCUUGCAGCCAAGAAGUUUUACGAGAUCGAGAGCACUCUGCGUGAGGAUACAUCAAUUAGCAAAAACCAAACACAAUCUGCAUCACAGGCAAGGGUUCCAGGGAGUGAAAGGGACCACGAAGACGAAGACAUUGAAGAGCCGGAUGGUCACCCAGCGUGGCUCGAUGACUCGGAGAAGAUCGAACAUUGUGGCAGUGCCGAGACAUUCGUGGUAGAGGUGUAUGUGAAUCUCGAGUCCUCCAUUCUUCGCGACUUGCUUUCUAGCGACGGACCCGACCGAUCAGACGUACAGGAGAGUAAGAUGGGUGAAGACAGGGCGGAGAAGGGGGCUGGGGCUGAGCCGGGUGAUAGUGCAGAUGAAGGCGGUGAGGUCGAUUGGGAGUUUGACAGCGACGUUUAG